GCACCGGUCUGGUCGCGCCAGGACGGCGCGGGGUCCCCGAGGGCUGCGGCGGCUGAGAAUCGGGAGCUCUGGGCUGGGCACGCGCCCGCGGGGCCGCGCCGGGGCGUCCCAGGCCCUCACCCACCCCCAGCCGGCGGAGUCUGGAGGACCCGCGUGCGUGUCCCGGUCGGCCGUUUCAAACUUUUUUGUGACUUUGAAUUAAAGCUGGACUCCCAUUCAGGACAGACAGACCUAUAAUUCCUGGUGUGAUGAGAGAGUGGGAUUUGCCGUCCUGAAGUCAUUAAGCUUGGGCCCUGGUUCCUCUUUAUGAGAGACUAGGGAGAUGGAAGACUUAAAAUCUGAGAAUAAAAAAAGGGUGCUUCCCGCAUGGAUGACAGCCCAGGUGGCUGAAAAGAGGACGGUGCAGGUGAGGAACCCCAGCAAGAGGAGAACAGCCACGGCGCCAGUGGCUGCAGCAAGACUUCCUGCCAUGAGGACUGUGUACUGCAUGAAUGAAGCUGAAAUCGUAGACGUUGCUCUGGGGAUCCUGAUUGAGAUAAACCAGCGAAGUAAAACCCCGUCUGUUUUGCCUGCCAUUGCUUCUACUCAGCAGGGCCGAAAACAGGAAAAGCCGUUGGAACAGCUGCCUGUGGCAGGCGCUGAUCAGCCAGAGCGCUCCCCAGCCGUCUCAGCGCCGCCGUCCCCGAGUCCCCCCGGGAGCAGCAGUGAGGACGAGGCCUGUGGGGCAGGCGGCCCUCCUGCGGGGCCUGCGGGUUCUGACUCGGCCUGCAGCCAAGGCCGCGAGGAAGACCAGGAUGCCCUAAAAUACGUUAGAGAGAUAUUUUUCAGCUAAGGGACAAACUUCCAGGACUUUCUGCCCAGAGUGGCUGGAGGAAGCUGGGUUUCCCUCUUGGCCUGGGCGCUGCCCUCAGACUGUCACGGCUUCUGCUCCCAGCUUCGCGCCGCUCUGGGCUGCGCAGAUUCACCUUGGGAGGUGAGGAAUCAGGAUGAGCUCCCGUUAGAAAUCCUCCCUGCACUGUGCUCUCUCCUCGCUCAGAGGGCCUGGGAUCCCCACCGUCUGUUGUGUUCAGUUACCUGGUUCCAGGGAGGUGAGGUUGUGGUGGUCAACUUACUGGAACCAAAGAGUCAACUUAAUAAUUUUUAAAGAAAAACAAGUUUGGCUGCUAAGUACACUGGAAUUCCUACUGUUUGGCCUCCCUAAGGAGGAAGCCUAUUUUAAAAAUAGCUUCCAUCGCGAGGCAGUCAGUCAGUCUGUGAGCCCUUGCUCGUCCAGCCCUGAACCAGACACCCUGCCACAGUGCUGGGCUCCGUCUAGGAGCCGGAGGCUCAGCGUACAGAUUGGGAAGCCUCCUGACCAAUCAGGCCUCCUCCCCCCGAGCUGCCACCUUUCUUCCACUUGGUGGCCUCGGCCUUGGUCCCUGGACAGUCGGAAAGCAAGAGUGGGACAGGAGCCCAAAGGAGACACCAAGGACAAGACAUCACACUAGAGUCCGUGUUUCUGCUUCUGUAUUCAGUGUGGCUUUUGACAGGCAUAGGAUGAGGCAAUCACGUGCUGUACAGGUUUUCAAUAUACAGGUGCUGAAAAAUACACAAGGUUCCCCAGUG